AUGUCCUCCGUUUCCCAAGACCUCGCUUUCUUCCUUAAACAUUUCGUGGAAUGCAGUGUUCGUCCACAAAUCCAGCUUCAACUUCAGCUUCAGCUUUCUACAACCUCGAGUUUGGCGGAGAGGAAUUACAACGCAACGCAGUUACAGUCAACGAGCGAAAAGAUGGAUAAGAUCGAGGAUAACUCGAAGUUCUUGCCGGCCGUUCCGAGACCUAAGCCAAUCGACAUAUCUCAUCACUUGUCGCCGUUGGCUAGAAGGUUUAAACAGUCGAAGUUACACAGCUUGUACAAAUAUGGUGCUAUUCCCGGAAUGGCCAAUCUUGCCGGCGGCAUGCCUCAUCCUUCCUUCUUCCCAUUUGACACCCUCUCCGCCACUGCUCUCACUCCGAACCAUUUUACCACUACUCUCCAUACGACUUUCCUUCAACUCCUCGUCUCUAUCAAAAAGCCUAGUCACUUCACAAUCCCCAAAUUCCCUCCUCCAAAUUCCUCAGAUCCCUCUACAGAUAUAUAUCUCGCACGUGCGUUACAAUAUGGCCCUUGUGAAGGCCUACCAGUACUUCUUGAAUUUAUUAAGGAUUUUGCUGUGAACUACCAACACCAAGGGAAGAUUCCGUAUGAUUCGCCGAGUGUUAUUAUGACCAGUGGGAAUACAGAUGGGUUUAAUAAAGCACUGGAGGUAUUGGCGGACCCAUAUCGAGGGGAUAAGAUCCUGAUGGAAAAGUUUGCUUAUAAGGGUGCUGUGAACACUGCUGCUUGCAGAGGAAUCGACGUCGUACCGGUUGACGUCGAUAAGGAAGGUAUGGUUGUUGAAGGAGACGACGGUCUUCAGGGUAUACUUGAGUCAUGGGAUGUCAGGCGAGAUGGGCCUCGCCCCCACCUUCUAUAUACUGUCACAAUGGGUCAGAAUCCCACCGCCGGCGUUCUCAGCGUCAAGCGACGAAGACAAAUCUAUGCACUCUGCCAGAAAUACGAUAUAAUAAUUCUUGAGGAUGAUCCAUACUGGUUCUUGCAAUAUGACCGCUUCACCGAAGUUCCAGAUAAUGAUACCUUCUUGUCAACCCUGGUGCCUUCCUAUAUCACUAUCGAUACCGACGGGCGGGUCCUGCGGUUUGAUACGUUUUCCAAGACUAUGGCACCAGGAUGCCGACUUGGCUGGAUCAUCGGCCACCCCACCAUAGUAGACCGCAUUCUCCGUCUCUCCGAACUAACAACCCAGAUGCCCUCCGGUGCGACCCAAGCACUUGUUGCCAAACUUUUGGUCCAUACAUGGUCCAUGUCUGGUUGGAUAACUUGGCUCUCCCUCCUCCGCCACCAAUACGAGUCUCGAAUGAAUACUCUCUGUAUUUCUCUUGAGGCUGGAAAAACAGUAACAAUGAUCCACCUGAAGAACAUUCGGCUGAAGGAGAUCGUGGAUCAGGAUGGGAAUGUUAUCGAUAGUGGAAAAUACAGUUUGGUCCACAAGGCUGUGAAAGAAUUAUAUGAAUUCGAAAGACCAAUGGGGGGAAUGUUUGUGUGGGUCAGGGUAUACUUUGAGAUCCACAGACUUUAUGAUGGGAUGAAUGGACGAGAAAUAAUGAAGGCUCUUUGGGAGUAUUUAACAGGCGAGGAACUCAGGUGUUUGGUAUGCCCCGGGCAGGCCUUUGGGGCGACUGAUGAGAUUGAAGAACGAGAAGCAUGGAAGUAUUUCAGGCUCUGUUUUGCAGCUGUCGAAGAGACUGAGUUAAAGAGGGCAAGUGUGGCGUUUGGUAAUGGGGUGAAGGAGUUUUUUGAACUGCAGGAGUUCCCGAAGAGGGAUGAUGAGGAGAAUGCAACAGCCAUGGAUCUACGUAUGCCACAGUUCUGCUAG